AGACAUGCUGAGAUGUAUUGAGAAUGAGAAGAAAGCAACAGAGCAAGUAAUAGCUACACUCAGAAAUGAGUUACAUGGUUUGGAGGAGACUAUGGUGUCUGAGAAGAACAAAACAAAAACGCUAGAGGAUGAGAAAGCUUUUGUAUCUGGCAAACCACACUCUGAUCCAGAAUUCAAAAGGCUCCAGAGUCAGCUGGAUGCAAGCCGUGACGAGUCGCUGGAAGGGUUGUGCCAAACAUUGCGGCAACAGCUUGAUCAGUUGCAGAGACAACAGUGGCAGCAACAACUGAGGAGGCAACAUCCUUCUGGUGCCGGAAGGGCACAGGCCAGAUUCAAAUGGGCAGCUCAGGUAUGUUAA